GUGACACAUUUGUUAUGAAACUCCAAGUUGAUACUAGAAUGUAGACUACAGUACAUAAUUCAGAAUCACAUGUGAAAGAAGGCUGGGGAAUCAGACGCAUUAGGAAUAGCGAUCAGACCGUUCGUAAACACAAACCAAAAUUUGCCAUCCAAUAAUCAGGAGAGCUCGCCGAGAGAGAGACGAGCAAUCCAAAAACCCAACAACCUGUUCGCUUGCUUUGCACUCCCCCCACCCUCUUCGCUCACUGCAGAUAGAAGAAAAAGAGAUUUGUUUCUGCUUCCGCUGCUGCGAGCGAUCCGAGGGGCGGGGAGAAAAAAGAAAAAAAGGAAAACAAGCCGCGCAGCCUCUCCCCGCGCCGACAAAUCGCUGUGGGCGGCAACCAACUCUGCGAGCUCCGCGGCGGCGGUUCGGAUCGGCGGAUCUCGUCGGCCGGCGGUGCGGUCGCCACCACCAUGAUGAGCAGCAGUAGCUCCCCUCCACCGCCCUCAAUUCCCACGGGGGGUGGAGGCUUCUUCAGAGGUUACACCAAGCUUUGCAAGGGCCUCGCUGUCAUAUUGCUUCUCGUGCACCUUUUGAUCCAGCUUUUUCCAUCAGCUGUCACCUAUCUUGCUCUUGUUCCUGGAAGGACAAUCCCUUUUGCCUGGAACCUGAUAACUGGUGGCUAUGUUGAGCUAACAAUUCCAGGGGUUAUUAUCAGCAUAGUUGGUCUUCUUUUAUUUGGGAAAUUAUUAGAACCUUUAUGGGGCUCAAAGGAGUUAUCGAAGUUCAUUUUUGUUGUCAACUUUUCAACAUCUUUGUGUGUCUUCAUAACUGCUAUUGCUCUAUACUACACAACACAAGAAGAGAGCUACCUCUAUGCUCCUCUUUCUGGAUUUUAUGGAGUUCUGACUGGACUGCUGGUGGGUAUCAAGCAGCUUAUGUCAGAACAGGAGCUAAAUCUUUUUGUGCUGAAGAUUAAGGCAAAGUGGAUUCCAUCACUUGUUGCAUUGAUCUCAGUUAUUGUAAGCUUCUUCGUAAAGGAGCUGGUCUCUUACCUCCCAGUUAUAUUGUUUGGCAUUUAUAUGAGUUGGAUUUACCUGCGGUACUUCCAAAGGAGAUUAGAGACAGGCUUGAAAGGAGACCCAAGCGAAGAGUUCUCUUUCUCAAGUUUCUUCCCUGAAUUUCUAAGACCUGUGCUGGAUCCGAUAGCUUCAAUAUUCCACAGGCUUCUUUGUGGAAGAUCUGAAAGGGCUGAUGCUAGAGGUCAGACAUUGGAUACCACACCUUUGCCUGGUUCAGAUUCUAUUGAGGCGAACAGAAGAAGAGAAAGGGGUCAAAGGGCACUGGAGCAAAGAUUAGCUGAGAAGCUGGCUGCGGUCAAAAGUUCUGAGGGCACAUCACAGGAUGCCUCUGACAAAGUUUGAGCCUUCCAUGCAACGACAUGUGCAUUUUGUGAAUUCCCGGUAGUGUUGUCAAUGUCACAUUCUCUGAGGACACAGAAGUUACAAGACACCAUCGAAUUACCCCUCGCGGCCUUUUACUGUUUUUUUCAUUGGUUCUCUUGCUUAUCAUCUGUAAUCAGUUUGUAGUGCAUGGCAACGGUGGUCCGAGAAUGUGACAUUUACUGAUUUUAGGAAGUAAACCCUGCUUAACAACGUGUGAUGUUUUUUUUCUUAGGACAAGCUAGUUGCAUGCAUUACCACAGUUUGUGGUGGUGCCCUUUUGCCCCUGGUAAAAAAAGCUUUUCUUUCCCUGCAUGUUUUAAAGACCACUGGACGCUUUGCGUGAACAAAGUGAUGUCAAAUUGUCAGGAGUUGAUUCUUUCAA